CGGAGCAAGCCAUCAUCGAUUCUUGAUUGAAUCCACGAGGGUCGAAGCGCCGAAGAAAUCUUGAGGAUGAGGAUGAACCUGAGGCUGAGGUUGAGGCUGAGGCUGAGGUUGCGGCGCGUAAAUCUAGAAACAAGAAGGAUAAUAAUCUGUAUUUCAGGAGAUCUCAGAAUGAGUUUGUGAAGUAUAUAAAGAGACUCAAUCCACGACAGAGAGAUGCAGUAAACGAAUUGGGACCAAUACUACACUACAACGUACCCUACCUUCCCGGUAUGUUGGUACACUGGAUACUGUCGGUGUUCAACCUAGACCGAUGCAGGAUUGAGUUUUCCUCUGAAGAAAGCCUACCUAUUUUUGAGGAAGACGUUCAUAUGACGUUUGGUUUCCCAAAAGGAGCUACGCUGAUUGAACGCUCUGAUAAGGCUCAGACCAAUUUUGUGUUCCUUGAUGAUGUAGCUGGACGUUAGGUAAAGACCGAUAUAUGUGCAUAGCGUCAGAGAUGGGGGAUCUAAUGCUUCUGGACGUUGACGGUGGUCCUGAAUUCAAGAAGCUCUUCAUGUUCUUGCUGGAGAACGCACUAAUUGAGAUGCCUGGAGAUGGAAUGAUGAAGCCAAAGAUUUUGCAUUUCAUCGACGAUGUUGAUGAGAUAAAGAGCAUAAACUGGUGUGGCUACCUGCUAUCUGUCCUCGAGUAUACGUAUGGGAGAUGGAAACCGAAAAGUAGUGUGUCAUUUACCAUCCCAAUUAGCUUUAUAUGUGCGCGUAUAUCGAUAGAGUUGUUCACCACUGGCGUACAGUCAUUCGAGCAUGGCCAACCGUAAAAGGGUGGACAACCAAUUCACUUAAAGUACGACAUGAGAAAGAGUUGGAGGUCAAGAAAUUUGGACCAGGAAGCUUGGAAGACAUAAUCAACAAAGAGUAAUACUUAAUUGAGGAAGAAACGAGGAGGGUACAGGGCAUGACCACAGAGGAAAGGGAAGAGGCCACCUGACAAAGAGCUAAACAAAUAAAGGAUAAAUUCAUCGCAUCUAGUGGACACAUGGUGAAAUCAAUCGCAGAGUGGGUUGAAUAAUUUAAGCGCAUACCGGUUCAGUUAAUGGAAGAAGAAUGUUUCAUACUUGGAUGCCUAAUUGCCAAGAAGCUGCUUGGAAUGGAGGUUGAUGAAGGCCAGCCAGAUGAAGACAUUGGUGCUACCCUAACUCAAAAAAAAUGAAGCAACGGAAGAUGACGAGGAAUUCAGUCCAGAGUGGAUUGCCGAGAUGGAGGUCAUGAUGCAAGCGUAUGACAAAACAGAGUCCAUAAACUUGGACUUUGAAAGGCCGUCGUUCAUACUACCAGGAUUCCCAGAUGGCUUUUUUGAUUCUCAGCCUACUGAUAUGCCAGACACCAGUAGACGUGCGGAGGCAACGGGAACAAGCUGUCAAGGCAAUCAAUGUGCACCAGACCCUUCUCAACAACCUUUGGUAAUGACGGAUGUUGAAUAUUCUGAUGAAGAGGAUCACUCUAUUGAGCAUCAUGUGCCGGACAUGUUCUAUGGUGCUUGUCCACAACAGGACCCACCUCCCUCGGACAAGGUUGUGGCCACCGUUCUCCGCACAUCAACAGAUGGUGAACGAUCAAGAUCCGAUCAACGUAGGUUGAAAGGCGGGGUGGAUGGUGACGCCCACAUUCUGGAUUACAAUCAGAAGAAGAAAUCCGAUGGUGGUGUAAAGGAAAAAGAUGUUAUGGUAGACAAACAACCCUCCAAAAUGCAAAAAGUACCUGCAUCUCGUCAGCCAAAAGGGGUUCAAAAGACUACUAAAGUUGCCGCGGAGGCUGCACAAGGAAAUGGAAAAACUGUGGCAGUAGUAUUGGGGGAUACAUCUGCAUCAAAGAAAAAGACCCUUGUUGAUUGUGUGGACCAUAACAAGGCAAGUGGAAAAGCUACUCUGGAUGGUGUGGUUAAAGGCAAGACUAUUGUUGUGACCGUGAAACAGCCGCCGAAGAUGCAAACAGCUGCUGCAUUAAGUAAGGGAAAAGGGGUUUCGUUGACUGGUGAAACGCAGUUGAUUGGUGGCAAAGUGGAUGCAGCUUGUACGGUUAAGGGAAAGGUGAAGAAAUCCCAACUGAGCGUGUGGAUGAUAAAGGGGUCAUGAAUGCUGCUGGAACGCGUUCUAAGAAGGCAAGUUUUGCGCUGCGAUCUCCUUUCUGUGACAGAGAGGUCAGAAUAACAACGAAUCCCAACCAACAGGACAUGGAGCUGUUUUACAGGAUACUAAACACGAUUGACAAGGAACCCCCCUACAACUUGGUGUCCACUGGAAUCAUAGAUGCGUGGGCCGCAUACCUAAACAACAUGGAGAAUUUGAAAGCGCCCGAAAUAUUGUCCAAAUUCUUUUUCUCAACACAGACAUUCGAGUACCCCCUCCUGGGCAAAGGGGCUGGAGGUGUUGGACCAAGCUUGUCUGACUUCUUUUGGACCAACCUUCUGAGUGACACUUUGAAAACACCACAGUUCAAAUGGGAAAACGACCUGGCCCUAGAGAAGUUCAAGCUUCCUAAACUAGCUGAUCAAGUGCGCAACUGUGCAGUCCAUCGCUUGACAUUUCCGUGGAGAAACAGACACAACCACACCGACGGUGGUAUGUAUUUGAUGCGGCAUAUGGAGACAUAUUUUGGAGAAUCAGACAAGGAAUGGGAUUGCGGUCUCACAAGUAAGGGGUUGGAGAGCUUGACGAUGUUGAGGAUUAAGUAUGUGCGUACCAUGCUGACUUGUAGUCAUAACACGAUGGUUGGAAAGAACGCCCGGCUAAAUGCGUCUUCGUAAAGUGGUUCGAAGCGUAUGGUUUAUGAGUAGGGAAUCUUCAUGGAUUACAUUAGGGUUUAGUAAUGGAUAUUUGGUUUGGUAAUAUUUUGUUUUGGUAAUGGAUUACAUUAGGGUUUAAUAAUGGAUAUUUGGUUUGGUAAUAUUUUGUUUUGGUAAUGGAUAUCUGUUUUGUUUGUGGAAA